UUGAGGAAAUGAAAAGUGGUGAAGUUUUGCUGUUCUGUAAAGUGUUGAAUACGGAUUUGCGUCACUACCUCAGCCUGCAAUUCCAGAAAGGAUCUUUGGACCACAAACUCCAGCAGGUGAUCCGGGACAACCUGUACCUGCGCACCAUUCCCUGUACCACUCGACAGCCCAGGGAGGGGGAGGUGCCCGGAGUGGACUAUAACUUCAUCAGCGUGGGGGAGUUCAGAGAGCUGGAGGAGAGCGGCCUGCUGCUGGAGAGUGGAACUUAUGAUGGUAACUACUAUGGCACCCCGAAGCCCCCCGCAGAGCCCAGCCCGGUGCAGCCCGACCUCGUGGACCAAGUGCUUUUUGACGAGGAGUUUGACACUGAGGUGCAGAGGAAACGCACCACCUCCGUCAGCAAGAUGGACCGCAAAGACAGCGCCGCGCCCGAGGAGGAGGACGAGGAAGAGCGCCCCCCACUGGUCAACGGACUAACUGAGCACCCAGAGAAGGCGGAGUGGAGGAGGACGGUGCCCAGCUACACGCAGUCUGCAGCGGCUAUGGAGCUUCGAGGGUGGACCAAUCAGGACGAGAACCAGGAACCACUGCCCAAGAACUGGGAGAUGGCCUACACCGAGACGGGCAUGGUCUACUUCAUAGAUCACAACAGUAAGACCACCACAUGGCUGGACCCUCGGCUCGCGCGGAAAGCCAAGCCCCCUGAGAAGUGCGACGAAGGAGAGCUGCCCUACGGCUGGGAGAGAAUCGAAGACCCUCAGUAUGGAACCUACUACGUCGACCACAUAAACCAGAAGACGCAGUUUGAAAACCCAGUGAUGGAGGCCAAGAGGAAGACGAGUGGAGAUACACCGACAGGGAUGGCGCCAAUGGCUGCUCCACAACCAGAAGAGCCAUCUCCUCCUCGUGUGGGGGGGCGGGGCUUCACCAGGGACCCCUCUCAGCUGCAGGGCUCCAUGCUGCACACGUCAUUGAGGAAGAGCUCCCAGGGCUUCGGCUUCACCAUCAUCGGAGGAGACCGACCAGACGAGUUUCUACAGGUCAAGAACGUGCUGCCAGAUGGACCCGCAGCGCAUGACAAUAAGAUCGCCUCAGGUGAUGUGAUUGUGGACAUCAAUGGGCUGUGUGUUUUGGGAAAGACUCAUGCAGAUGUGGUGCAGAUGUUCCAGUCCAUCCCCAUAAACCAGUACGUGGACAUGGUUCUGUGCCGGGGCUACCCUCUGCCUGAGGACACCAGCACCAGUGAGGACGCAACCGGGCAGCUCGCAUCCAAAGAGCCAUCCCCCUCGCCGAGCUCCACCCCCCAGGACUACAACACCACUGAUGGCCUAACCGACGGAGCAACACUGUCCAGGCAAUCUGCUACUGUGCCCCCCAUGACCAACGGAGGGCGCCACCACCACCACCACACGCAUCACCACGCCCCUCCCCACAGUGAUGGCCCAGACCCCACGCUGCUGCAGCCCGAGCUUGUCAGUGUGCCCCUGGUCAAAGGCCCUGGAGGUUUCGGUUUUGCCAUUGCAGACUGCCCCUUGGGUCAGAAGGUGAAGAUGAUCCUGGACGCGCAGUGGUGCCGCGGGCUGCUGAAGGGAGACGUGAUAAAGGAGAUAAACAGACAGAACGUACAGACCCUCAGCCACUCUCAAGUGGUCGACAUCCUGAAGGACCUCCCUGUGGGCAGCGAGGUGCAUGUGCUGGUGCUCCGAGGGGGUCAGACCUCUCCAGUGAAGUCUCUAAAACCGAUCACUGCUCCGAUGUCCCAGUCCACAUCGCAGACGUCUCUCCCACAGUCCAACUACUCUGGAUCCCACCCUAACCCCCACGCUAACCCCCACCCUAACACUCAUAACACCCCCCAUAGCACCCCCCACCCCACGGUUCUGCCGGUGGCCCAGCCCGUACAGCAGGUGCAGCAUAUGCAAAAGCAGGAGGUGACCAACAGCUCGGAGAAUAUAAACCACACAGAGGUGCCCCCCGUCCCCAUACAGGUCCCAGUGAACAACCUACGAUCCACCUCCCCCAAACCAGACGCCUCCGAGCUCUACCUCAAGUCCAGAGCCCUACUGGACAGCAAACCUCCAAACACAAAGGACUUGGAUGUUUUCAUCAAAAGGAACCAGGAGUCGGGCUUUGGCUUCAGAGUGCUGGGAGGGGAGGGCCCAGAGCAGCCGGUGUACAUCGGUGCGAUUGUUCCCUUGGGUGCUGCAGAGAAGGAUGGGCGUCUUCGAGCGGGUGACGAGCUGCUGUGCAUAGACGGGGUCCCAGUCAAAGGAAAGUCCCAUAAACAGGUCCUGGAGCUGAUGACCAACGCAGCGCGCAACGGACAAGUCAUGCUAACUGUGCGCAGGAAGCUGGUGCACGCGGAUGGAUCAGCAGAGGAGGACAGUGGCGCCCCCCAGCCCCAGCGCGUGGCCUCUGCUCUUGUCAGCAGUUCUCCGGUGGUCCCUCGUGUGGAUGUGUCCAACGUGGCAUCCCCCCCCGGACGUUCUGAGAGCUUCGACGUGAACCUGACCCGCAAAGACCACGAGGGCUUCGGGUUUGUCAUCCUGACCUCCAAGAACAAGCCGCCCCCUGGAGUAAUACCCCAUAAAAUCGGACGUAUUAUUGAGGGCAGCCCGACAGACCGCCUGGGCCAGAUGAAAGUGGGAGACAGGAUUUCUGCUGUGAACGGCCAGUCCAUCAUGGACCUGUCCCAUAAUGAGAUCGUCCAGCUCAUCAAGGAGGCGGGGAACUCUGUCACCCUCACUGUGGUCCCAGAGGAUGAAAGCACUCCUCCGUCUGGUUCAAACUCGGCCAAACACAGCCCCUCAGCUCAGCACAGAGCCAUGGGCCAGCAGCCUCCCAGCCACCCAGACAGAAACAGCGACUCGGAGCUGAAUAACCUCUCAAGAGACACUGGGCAGAUGAUCACGUCAGGCCCCAAACAGGGCUGUUUCGUGGUGGAGCUGGAGCGCAGUCACAGGGGUUUUGGCUUCAGUCUCAGAGGAGGGAAAGAAUACAACAUGGGUCUGUUUAUACUCCGACUCGCUGAGGACGGACCUGCGCUCAAAGACGGCAGGAUACACGUUGGUGAUCAGAUUGUGGAGAUAAACGGAGAGGCGACACAGGGCAUCACUCACACCAGAGCGAUCGAGCUGAUCCAGGCCGGAGGCACCAAAGUCCACCUGCUGCUGAGACCGGGCCAGGGCCUCGUGCCGGACCACAGCUCCAAGGACAAAGUAACCUCAACCUUCCCUAGACUCUCCGCUUCGGAUGGGCCUUCCUCUCCCGCCUCUCCCUCCUCUUCCUCCUUUGCCGAACUUUCCCCUAACUCCAAAAUAUCUGACGAAUUCUACGGGACCCGAUCCAGACACAACCACAUCACUGUCCCGAGUUCUCCCAAUAGAAAAACAGCUACCAAACCAGCUAGCCCUCAAAAGUAUAGCGAAGAUAAGUUUGAGUAUGGGGAACGUUCCCACAGUCCUAGAAAGAUGGAAAAAUCUGUCGGUUCUUUGGAAGAUAUGACUUCGGAGAGAAGGGAGAGGGGGCAGAAGGAGCGGCGUUCAUCUAGUCCUAAGAAGGGGUCUAAGAACGAAAACGAACCACAAAGUCCGAGGCGUCCAGGUGGGCAACAGCCUUAUAGACCCCCUGCGGAAGAGUGGAGGUACAGCGAUGAUUUGGGAGAGAAAUCAAGAGGGACCAACGAACGCAGAAAGAAUAAAAAUGCAGAUCUAGAUGUUUAUAGAGCCAGGGAGAGGGUUGCAUCCGAAGGAGAAGGUGGGACACUUGAGCGGAGAGCGAGGAGAGAGAGGGAAUAUCGAAAUUAUAAUGAAGAAAUAGUUCGGAAAGAGCCGAGAGGGUCAAGUAGUAGCGUCCAGGAUCCGAGCUUGAUCAAUGGAAUUACUACAACUACUACUGCUACUUCUACUAGUACCGCAAAGAAGGCGCCGAUAACCCCAGGUCCGUGGAAGGUCCCAAGCACUGCGAAAAUCCAGUCCCAAAUGGAUGCAUCCUAUGAAGGAAUCUAAUCUGAGCCUUUUAAAAUGAUAGACAAAUGAAGUAGCAAGUUAUACAUAUAUAUUUUUAGACAAAUCACUGUGUAACCAAUGGUUGUUGUUCACUUUUCACUCAGUCUGCCUUGGUCUGCUCACCUUCCACGCAUGAUUUUUGAAUCGUUUUUGGGGGAUUUUGUGCCAAGAUGAAGAAAGAAGAUACUGCUCCUCGUGGCAGACACUGUGAACUUUAAAUCUGGUGAUGAAGAAUUUUACUUUUUACAAAAUGAAGGUUUAGGAAAAAUCUGCGAAAGUCUGAUUAAAGGUGCACUACGCCACCUGCUUGACACCUGCUUGUCUCCAUGGAGAUGUAAUUGCUUUGUUGGAAAUGCUUCACAGUAUGGUAUUAACGGUUAAAGGUUUUGGGCUAGCACUUAUUUCAUUACAAGUGAUUUUGUUGCUCAAAAAUACCUUGAAAAACAUGUGUCCCUACAGUGGACAGCUUGCUUCCUCGUAGAUCUGACCUGUGACUUGGCCUGGUUUCUAUGAGAGUUUAUAAGUUUGAUACUACAUUUACAAGCAGACAAAGCAUUUCCACGGAGACAGGACAGGCCUACCCUCCACCAGUAAAGAUCUGCAGUGCACCUUUAAUUUGGAUUUGGACUACAAAAAUGGCGGACUGUUUUUGUGUGUAUUCUUUUGGAGUUUUCGACUGCACUUCUGUAAUAGACUGAAUGCAUUAUCGUUUAACAUGCGGUGAGACAACCCCUCACGAGCUUUAUAUGCAUCAAUCAACAGACCAGAUACUUGUGGUUCUAAAUAUGUUCGUUUCCUGUGUGUUAAUAUAAAGAGCAUAUAAUGUAAUUUAUUCAGAUAUGUAUAAAUUAAAAUGAGAGUAAUUUGUUUUCGAUUUUUACAUCUAGAAAAUAUAUUGUUUUGUCUCAAACUAUACAUUAAAUGACAGUGUUUUCAAAUGGCCACACGAGCUCGGUUUAUCCACUGUGUAUAAGCUUCCUUCUAUAGGCCCUGUGUAUAUUUUGUAGCAUUGACAAUAUCCACAGCUAUUAUUUAACCUAGUAAUUACACAAACAAUGAAGUAGCCUAUUGUACAUGAUUUGAAUUGGAAGCUUGAUUGUAACUAGUGUAAACUUCAUUUUAUUUGAAAUAUAUUUUUACUAGCACAAAACAUAUGACACAUUGCUUGCUUCCAUUUUAACGUCUAGAUUUACUUUUUGCGAUCAAUGUUUUUAUUUAAUUUUUGACCCGAAAUGUGACGAAACAUGUAAUAUUUUUAUGAACAAGAUAAUGCCUGUCACUUUUAGGUGUAAUGAAGUUUGUGGUGUUUUGUUUUUUUGAAAGAUUUUAUAACUGGGGAAAACUGGUUUGAAGUUGUUUUAUGAAGUUACAGAGAGGAGGCUUGUUGUGGAGUAGAGCGACAUCUAGUGGCUCAUUUGUUCCAUUGCCUGUGCACUUGCAUCUCCCUGAAUGAUAGUCCAUGUACAUGAUUAUUUUUGAUAUUUUGGGCUACUGUAUUCCCUCUUCUUAUCCAUGCUGUUAAACAUUUAUGAUACUGUGGCCUUGCAUUACUUUAAUCUCUUGGAAAAGUUUUAGUUUUGACAUCAUGGUAGUUGUAAAUGUUUAUAAAUUGUACAGCACCUGUAUAAAAUUGCCUUCAUGCAUAAGAAUCCUAUGUAAAUCGUUUCAUUAUUUUUUUAAGGGACUGAUACAAAAUGGGUGGAUAGAUAUAAUCUGGUCAUGGCAUUCUGUUCAUGCACUGAAAUAAAGGUUUACUGAGUAAAAUCA